AUGGCUUCUCCCCCCGGUGGGGAGAGCACUAGUGCACAGACACAAAUAAACAGUAGUGAAAAAGCUGUUGAAACAAUGGAUGGUGACUUCGGUGAUAUUAGCACGGAUAAAACACAAACCAAAAAAUGUUUUAAUACAUUUACGGAUAAGUACAACCUCAGUUGCAUUUAUGUUAUGAUAGAAAAUACUUCAAAAGAAAAUUUUGGUCGUGUUCAUCCUCUGAGAGUAGGACACAUAUUACAUAAAAAACUAAUGAUACAAAAUAUUAUUGAAGUUAAGCCCGUGGGAAAAAAUAGAGUUAGGGUACAACUUAAAUCUCUUAAAGAUGCUAAUCUAUUAAUCAAUAAUGUAGCUUUGGAAAAAGAAAAUCUUAGAGCUUUUAUUCCUAACCAUUUAUUAGAAACUAAAGGGUUAAUCAGAGGGGUUGAUACGUUUUUUGAAGAAAGCUACAUCUUACAAAAUAUAAAUUCUAGUAGUAAAGUUACAGAAAUUAAGAGAUUCACUAAAAAAGUUUAUAAAGAAGAUUCGUCAUUUAUCGUGAAAAAACAAACUGUUCUUAUUACAUUUGAAGGUAACAUUUUACCGGCAGAAGUGUCUAUAGAUACAGUUUUUUUUCCUGUAGAAAUGUAUUAUGGAAAAGUGACACAAUGCUUCAAAUGUUUAAGCUACGGUCAUAUUUCUAAGCAAUAAAAUCCUCCUUCAAAUUUAGAGGAUUUAGCAAAAUUAGUAAACAGGCUAAGUGAAAUUCAUAAAAUAACCUCGUUAACCAAAUCUUUUUCUGAAGUUUUGACUCUUGCCGAACAAGGAAGCUCGAGUAGUCCUUUCAAAGGCAGGCCAAAAAAUAAUUAUUCGCAAAAUUUCACACAAAAUUCUAAUGGCUCAAAUCCUACUCGAUUUGUAAAUAGAACUAAUUCCUACUCUAGGAACAAAUAUAAUAAUAAUUUCAAGAAUUCUAAAAUCCGUACUCAUGAUGGUAGGUCAAUUUGUUAUAAUUGUAGGAAAAUAGGUCACAUGCAAGUUACUUGUAGAUUACCUAGGUACAACAACAAUCGCACUCCUAGUAAUUCUCAAACACCCAGAGCAAGCAACUUUCUAGCUUUAAUGGAUGUCGAAAAUCCUGAACAAAAUGAUUCUAAUUCUAAAAAUUGUCGCCCAUGCCAUUGUCAGUCUCAGCAUGAAGCUAAUUGUAAUAAAAUGUCAGAAAAUAACCCAAACGAUGUAGCGGGGUUAACAACUUUUUCGAACGACACCCCUACACCCUUUGUUACUGAACCCUUCCAACAAGACGAUUUAAUAAAUAAUCUCCCCUGUCAAAAAAAUUUAUUGAUUGAAGGAACAUACAGUUCAAAACGUAUAAGUAUUAUAAUCGAUACUGGAGCAUUUCAAAAUAUAGCAUCCGCAGAGUAUUUUCCAAAUUACCAGUCUUUUAAAUUAGGAGCUAGAUGCUUGGAAACUGCAGAUAAUCACAAAAUUAAUGUUUUAGGUUCUGCCAUAAUAGAAAUUUUUCUUGAUACUAUAAUUAAAUUUAAUGAAAUUAAAGAUUUAGAAGUGCAAAUUCAGAAUUUUUCAGACUCCUUGGAAAAUGCUCUCACUCAUUAUUUUUUUGAAUACAAUGAUUUAUUCAUAGUGAAGAAUGGCUUGAGUAUUUUAUCGCCACCUUUUAUACGUUAUAAUAAACUCUUUGUUACAAUAAAAUCAACAAAGCACACUGUUUUAAAACUUUUUGCAGAUACUGCACUAGGAAAGUUUAUAAACAUUUGUCAUUUUCAUGCUGAUGAGAUAUUGUUUACGAAUGAAAAAUUAAAAGAUAGUACAAUAAAGUAUAACAUAAAUACUUGUUUGACCGCGGAUAAUAAACAAAACCUGGAAUAUUUUUUAAAUAAAAAUAAAGAUCUGUUGGCUUCAUGUUCCAAAGAAGUUGGGUACACAAAUUUAAUGCAACAUGUUAUAGAUACGGGUAUCUCAGAAAGAACGAUUUGCAAUUAA